AUGCGGAUCUCGUCGGCCUCGCUGGCAUGGAGCUGGAGUCUCCUGGCUGGCGCUGCACAUGCUCAGUUCCUCGUGAGCGAGCUCAGUUUUGGCUACACCAACAGAAUAGCACCGGAACACUCGCGGUCCAUCCCGCACUUUGAGCUCCAGGGCAACCCCUACCAACCCGAAAUCCUUUCCAACAAGGUCGUCUUGACCCCUGCGGCGCCCGCACCGGGCGGCCAGCGCGGCGCUGUCUGGGCGGAGCACACAUUGGACUACUCCCGAUGGCUGGCCGACGUCGACUUCCGCGUGAGCGGGCCCGAGCGCGGCGGCGGCAACCUCAAUAUUUGGCUGGUCAAGGACGGCCCAACCAAUGUCGGCACGAGCAGUGUGUACACUGUGGGCAAGUUUGAGGGUCUGGUGCUCGUGCUGGACGCGUCGGGCGUGCGCGGCGGCGGCUCGCUGCGGGGCUACCUCAACGACGGCACCAAGGAGUACAAGGCGCUGACGGGCAUUGACAGUCUGGCGUUUGCGCACUGCGACUACCCCUUCCGCAACCUGGGCCGGCCGGCGCAGGUCAAGAUCCAGCAGACGGACCGGCUGUUCAGCGUGGAGCUGGACGGCCACCUGUGCUUCUCGAGCGAGGACGUGGUGAUCCCGACGGGCUACCGGUUUGGUGUGACGGCGGCGUCGGCGGACACGCCCGACUCGGCCGAGAUUUUUAAGCUGGUCGUGAUGCACGACAACAACGACUACACGUUCAAGUCGGAUGAACACCAGCAGCAGCAGCACGAGUUCCACGACGAGCACGACCAGUACACCAAGCAGAAGCCCGUGGCCGGCGGCGAGGGCCACCCGCCUGUCCGCAUCAGCCGCGGCGGCAUGGUGGAGGACACGCCCGAGGCGCGCAACUACGAGCGCGACAACAUCCCCGACGCGGAUGCGAACACCAUUACGAGCUCCAAGGCGCAAUUUGCCGACUUGCACAACCGGCUGCAGAGCGUCAACCACCAUCUCUCCACCAUCUUCCGGCAGGUGGCGACGUCGGACCAGGUGGGCGAGAAGCGGCACGAGGAGGUAUCGGUCCAGCUGGGCCAGCUCAAGGGCCUGCUGACCAAACUGGACCGGCUGGACAUGAUUGAGGACAAGCUGGAGCAGAUGGAGCGCGACAUGAAGACGCUGCAUAGCGAGCUGCGGCAGUCGGUGGCGAAUGCGGAGAGCUCGGUUCGGCAGCACGUGGCGGGCCGCCUGGAGGGCCACCACGACCGGCUGGCCGAGACGCUGCGGCACCCGGGCCACGGGCGCUUGAUUUUUGUGAUUGUCGCUGGGCAGUUGCUGCUCGCUGGCGCGUAUGUGUUUUACAAGCGGCGCAAGGCCAGCUCGCCCAAGAAGUACUUGUAA